GGCAAGACACGCGGGAAAGAAUAGAAAGAGUGAACACAUCGAGCGCAGAGCACACGAAGCGGCGAUGCAACAGAUGUUUGCAGGUUAUUAGGUGGGAUAUUUUUGUCCUUUUAUUGGAGAAAAAAAAUCUAGGGGGAAUGGAAUGUGUUAUGGCAGCCUUUUCUGUUAAUAACGCCACUGUCACUAACUCCAUCAUAAUGAACACCAAUGGGCCUCCUGAUCUGAUGCUGGACCCCAGAACUGUAUGUGUAUCUAUCGAUGAGGUGGUAUCCAAUCAUGUGAGAAAUCAACAGACUCCAUUAUUACAUGGGCAUCUCAAGAAAGUGGAGAACAGUCUAACUGAAGCCCAACGUUUUUCCUACCUGCCACGUCGACCAGCAGUUAACAUUGAAUUCAAAGAUGUCUGCUACUCAGUUCCUGAGGGACCAUGGUGGGGAAAGAAAGGUUACAAGACCCUGCUGAAAGGGAUCUCUGGGAAAUUUACCAGCGGCUGCCUGGUGGCCAUCAUGGGUCCCUCAGGAGCUGGGAAAUCUACGCUGAUGAAUAUUCUGUCCGGCUAUAGGGAAACGGGGAUGAAGGGGGAGAUCUUGAUCAAUGGACAGCCUCGUGACCUGCGUUCUUUCAGGAAGGUCUCGUGCUACAUCAUGCAGGACGACAUGCUUCUGCCUCACCUCACAGUACAGGAGGCCAUGAUGGUGUCUGCUAAUCUGAAGCUCCAGGAAAAGGAUGAGGGCAAGAGAGACAUGGUGACGGAGAUCCUGACGGCCCUGGGCCUGCUUGAGUGUGUGAAAACUCGAACGUCACAUCUUUCAGGGGGGCAGAGGAAAAGGCUGGCCAUCGCCCUAGAGCUUGUCAACAACCCUCCCAUCAUGUUCUUUGAUGAGCCCACCAGUGGCCUGGACAGUUCCUCCUGUUUCCAGGUGUUGUCUCUGCUGAAGGCCCUGGCCUAUGGUGGCCGCACCGUUAUCUGCACCAUCCACCAGCCCAGCGCCAAGCUCUUUGAGCUCUUCAACAAGCUGUAUGUCCUUAGCCAGGGCCAGUGUAUCUACAGAGGGAAAGUGCCUAACCUGGUACCUUACCUUAGAGAGCUGGGGCUCAACUGCCCAACAUACCACAAUCCUGCAGACUUUGUGAUGGAGGUGGCGUCUGGGGAGUACGGUGAUCAGACGGCUCUUUUGGUGAAGGCCGUGCAGGAUGGAAAAUGUGAGCAGGUCUACAAGACAGACAUGGAUGAUGGACCCCUCAACCCCUUCCUGUGGCACAAAUCUUCUGAGGAGGAUUCCCCUUCCGGUGAGGGCUGCCACAGUUUCUCGGCCAGUUGUCUGACUCAGUUCUGCAUCCUGUUCAAAAGGACAUUUCAAUGCAUCAUUAGAGAUACAGUGCUGACUCACCUAAGAAUCACCUCUCACAUUGGGAUUGGGAUUCUGAUUGGCCUGCUCUAUCUGGGCAUCGGCAACGAUGCCAAGAAAGUGCUCAGCAACUCCGGCUUCCUCUUCUUCUCCAUGCUCUUCCUCAUGUUUGCUGCUCUAAUGCCUACUGUUCUGACGUUCCCUUUGGAGAUGGGAGUGUUCCUAAGAGAGCACUUGAACUACUGGUACAGUCUGAAGGCUUACUAUCUGGCCAAGACUAUGGCAGACCUCCCCUUCCAGAUAGUGUUCCCAGUCGCCUACUGCAGCAUCGUCUACUGGAUGACGUCCCAGCCGCCUGACGCUGUACGUUUCAUCCUUUUCUUGGCCCUGGGAGUCCUCACCUCUCUUGUGGCCCAGUCUCUGGGCCUGCUGAUAGGAGCGGCUUCCACCUCGCUACAGGUUGCCACGUUUGUAGGUCCGGUGACUGCCAUACCCGUGCUGCUUUUCUCUGGCUUCUUUGUCAGUUUUGACACAAUUCCGUGGUAUCUUCAGUGGAUGUCAUACAUUUCAUAUGUCAGGUAUGGCUUUGAAGGUGUCAUCCUCUCCAUCUACGGGCUGGACCGAAAGGACCUCCACUGUGACAAGGAUGAAACAUGCCACUUCCAGAAGUCGGAGGCCAUCUUGAAAGAGCUUGAUGUGGAAGAUGCCAAACUGUACCUUGACUUCAUAGUGCUUGGCAUGUUCUUUGUGACCCUCCGUCUCCUAGCGUACUUUGUGCUGCGCUAUAAGAUCAGUGCAGAGAGGUAAACUGGGGAGUGGCGGUAAAGGAGGAGAAAGGCCCAGAUCGCUUGCAAGCUGGAAUUCUGCUUCUAGAAACCUCCAGGCAGUGGCCCAGAAAUACACCAUGCACACUAAACUUUUGGCCAAGGACUACAUAAUAUAGACAGCUGUUGUGUGAGGGUGUGCAUGCAGUAUGACUCUACUUAGCUUAGGCAAACAAAUAUGGCAGAGAGGAGCUCAGUGCCUAAGGCCAUGGAUGAUUCCCAAUAUUACAAGAACAUUCUUGUUUAAAUACCAAAACCAAGGCUCCUGUCACAGUAGGAAUCUAGAUGUAAUCGCCUUGUGCAAGGGAACCAACUGUAAGUAAUGUAAGAGUUUGUUGUUGAUAAGCUCUUGUCUAGUCUGUAGUUCCAGACUGGUUUAUAUGAUCACUGUGUGAAACCAAUUAAAUGAAAUAGCUUGGUGGAAGGACAAUGGGAAGACAGGGCCACACUUAAACAGGAGCUGGUUUCCUCCAAUGUGUGUUUAUUAUAUAGGACUGCCAGAUCAAAUGGGUCUGUAAUCUGGGACCCUCGGUCAAUACAGGGAAAGGUACAAUAGUGCUUGUUGCUAAUGUGGGAUAAAGCAAUCACAUACAUUCCAAGCAUGUGAGAGACUGUACAGUACCAAUAUAUACUGUCAUUUAUCCUGGGUGAGUUUCCCGAAAACAAAUGUGGCAUGUGGCGCUCGACAGCCUAGCCUCUCAGGCGCAAGAGAGUAACUGUGCUUGAACAAACUAAUUAAUAAAAUUAAGCACGUUCUAUGAGUGGCAUCGGUGGGGGUCUGGGUUUUUCAGGGAAAUAAAGUACCACGUUUAGCACCCCUGCUCAGAGGCCUGUGGUUGUGAUUAUAGGGCUUGAAUAGUUGAAGGAAGAUAUGGGGGAUAUGAAUUCUGAUGUGACUGUGGCUGGCUUAGUAUUACAAGCCAGAAUCCUAACCUGAGAUCUGAGCAUGUAACACAAACAGAAAGUUAAGUAUUACAUUAUCUCAAGCAUUACCAACACAGCUUAGUUUGAAUGGCAUGGAGGAUUGAUACAAUACUCUUUUAGUCACUCCACAGUCAGUCAUGUAAAAUAGAAUUGAGAAUGAAGAGUUCUGUUCUGUCACACAAUCAAUUCAUAAAAUACAUGGCAGCCUAGGUUGGGGCUUGUUUUAUCUGUCAACCAUAACAAAGGGAUAUAGUGCUACCGUAUUUCUGUAAGAGACUGGGGGCUCUAUUUUAUCAAACUUAAUGCAAUGGUAAGUCACUAAGGCUAAGACUGUUGGUAGCGCUAUAGGUCCAGAGGUGUUUUUUUGUGCUAUUUUCACUGCAGAAAUUAUGGGUGCAGUAGCUGGCAGUUGUGUGAAAGGGCUGGGAUAAAUUGGGAGGCUUGUCCCCUCACUGGCCAAUCAGAACGUGGUCCAUGGCUAAAUAUGUGGGUGCUUCUAGUUGUGUAUUUACGGUCUUUCAUGUUUUAAGUUGUUAUCAAAGCCAAUUUGAAUGUUAGUCCGCUAUAGCCUAGUUUGUUAAAUAGCCUACAGAAACAAAAUAACAACAUGUAGGCAUAUUCCAUCUUUGCUAAAUACAUUGAACAUGUUUGCAGUCCAUAUUGUUCUAAGUAUUGUUCUGCCAUUGCUUCAAUAUGGAAAUACACUACCGCUCAAAAGUUUGGGUCACUUAGAAAUGUCCUUGUUUUUGAAAGAAAAGCUAAUUUUUUGUCCAUUAAAAUAACAUCAAAUUGAUCAGAAAUACAGUGUAGACAUUGUUAAUGUUGUAAAUGACUAUUGUAGCUGGAAACUGCAGAUUUUUUUAUGGAAUAUCUACAUAGACAUAUACAGAGGCCCAUUAUCAGCAACCAUCACUCCUGUGUUCCAAUGGCAUGUUGUGUUAGCUAAUCCCAAAUUUAUAAUUUUAAAAGGCUAAUUGAUCAUUAGAAAACCCUUUUGUAAUUAUGCUAGCACAGCUGAAAACUGUUGUAAUAAGCAAUAAAACUGGCCUUCUUUAGACUAGUUGUGUAUCUGGAGCAUCAGCAUUUGUGGGUUCGAUUACAGGAUGGCCAAAAAAUGGCCAAAAACAAAGACCUUUCUUCUGAAACUUGUCAGUAUAUUCUUGUUCUGAGAAAUUAAGGCUAUUCCAUGAAAGAAAUUGCAAAGAAACUGAAGAUCUUGUACAACACCGUGUACGACACCCUUCACAGAACAGUGCAAACUGGCACUAACCGAAAUAGAAAGAUGUGUGGGAGGCCCCGGUGCACAACUGAGCAAGUCUGGAUGUAAUUUUUUUUGCAGUACUGUUUAUUCGAGAUGAUAUGAACAAUGUGGACAAUUUUCAGCAAGUUGCAACAUUGAAACACAGAAAUAAACAGUUUUCCAUAAACAAGGUCUAAAUCAUGUUUGAUGCACCUCUGGAUGUCAUUUUAUUUGCAGUACUGUUUAUUCGAGAUAAUAUGAACACUGUGGACAAUUUUCAGCAAGUUGCAACAUUGAAACACAGAAAUAAACACUUUUCCAUGAACAAGCUCUGAAUCAUGUUUGAUGCACUCUUGAUGUAUUUUUUUUUUGCUGUACUGUUUAUUCAGGAUGAUAUGAACGCUGUGGACAAUUUUCAGCAAAUUUCAACAUUGAAUUAAAGAUAUACCCACUUUUCCAACAACAAGCUCUAAAUCAUGUUUGAUGCACUUUGGAUGUAAAAAAAACAAUUGUUCUGUUUAUUCGAGAUGAUAUGAUCACUGUGGACAGUUUUCAGCAAGUUGCAACAUUGAAAUACAGAAAUAACCACUUUUCCAAAAACAAGCUCUAAAUCAUGUUUGAUGCACUUUGGAUGUAAAAAAAAAUAAUCUGUUUAGUCAAGAUGAAAUGAUCACUGUGGACAGUUUUCAGCAAAUGUCAACAUUGAAAUACAGAAAUAAACACUUUUCCAAAAACAAGCUCUAAAUCAUGUUUGAUGCACUUUGGAUGUAAAAAAAAACAAUUGUUCUGUUUAUUCGAGAUGAUAUGAUCACUGUGGACAGUUUUCAGCAAGUUGCAACAUUGAAAUACAGAAAUAACCACUUUUCCAAAAACAAGCUCUAAAUCAUGUUUGAUAAACUCUGGAUUUUUUUUGACUGUACUGUUUAUUCAGGAUGAUAUGAACACUGUGGACAAUCUUCAGCAAAUGUCAACAUUGAAAUACAGAAAUAACCACUUUUCCAAAAACAAGCUCUAAAUCAUGUUUGAUGCAAUUUGGAUGUAACAAAAAGGUGUUCUGUUUAUUCAGGAUAACAUAAUCACUGUGGACAGUUUUAAGCAAGUUGCAACAUUGAAAUACUGAAAUAAACACUUUUUCAAAAACAAGCUCUAAAUCAAUGUUUGAUGCACUCUGGAUUUGUGUUUGUUGCUAUACUGUUUAUUCAGUAUGAUAUGAACACUGUGGUCAAUUUUCAGCAAAUUUCAACAUUGAAAUAUAGAAAUAACCACUUUUCCAAUAACAAGCUCUAAUCAUGUUUGAUGCACUCUGGAUGUAUUUUUUUGCUGUACUGUUUAUUCAGCAUAACAUAAUCACUGUGGACAGUUUUCAACAAGUUGUAACAUUGAAAUACAGAAAUAACCGCUUUUCCAAAAACAAGCUCUAAAUCAUGUUUGAUAAACUCUGGAUGUAUUUUUUUUUGCUGUACUGUUUAUUCAGGAUAACAUAACCACUGUGGACAGUUUUCAGCAAUUUGCGACAUUGAAAUACAGAAAUAAACACUUUUCCAAAAACAAGCUCUAAAUCAUGUUUGAUAAACUCUGGAUUUUUUUGUUGUUGACUGUACUAUUUAUUCAGGAUGAUAUGAACACUGUGGACAAUUUUCAGCAAAUGUCAACAUUGAAAUACAGAAAUAAACUUUUCCAAAAACAAGUUCUAAAUCAUGUUUAAUGCACUUUGGAUGUAAAAAAAAUAAUUGUUCUGUUUAUUCGAGAUGAUAUGAACACUGUGGACAAUUUUCAGCAAAUUUCAACAUUGAAAU